UGACCAGGGCAGCAACUUGUUGCCACUCAUACAAUAGAAAAGGUCACGACACGCAUACUGUACACUGGGUAAGUAAUUUGUCAGUCAACCAGGUCCUUGGGAGGUUCAUCAAAAAGAAGCCAAUGGCUGCAAAACGGUUCCGCCUCAUCUAAACUUUGUGCGACAUGUCGCUGUUUAAGCUUUAGUCAGAUACUCAAAUGGACAAUAGCUUAAUAGGAACGCCGUUUAAAGUGUCGGAUAUCAAAAGCUGAAUAUGUGAAGAGAGCAACGGCGAUGGCGCCGCGACAUGUUGCCCUCUCGCCUCAUAUUCAACGUUUGGGGUCAACAACCAAAUGCUUGCCAGCAAGAAUAAAGGAAUUUGAUUGACGGUUGAACAGUUUCGAGACUUUUGCGGUGAGACACGGUGGAAGAUUGCCGCUCGUCUGGGGACUUCGUCGGGUAAGUCGUGACUCGAUUUUGUUUUUCAUUCCAUCUGCAUGCAUUUUGCCUACUGAAGACGUCGGCGCUUGAUAUUUGCAUCUUUAUUUUCAGUCGAUUUUCGCAUUCAGCAUACCGUUGCUCAUUUGCAAGGCGGAUGGGGCUGGGCUUUAAAAAGCGAUCAUUGCCAUCAAAAAAGCAGCCAGCUUGGAAACCCGGCCGAAACGACUUCAACGCAUUGAGUCGGUGGUUUUCGGUAUUCCGAGAUUAGCGACGACUGAGUGAGCAUGGCGGAGUACCAGCUGAAGGUAACGACGGGAGGGAGGUCCUUUGCCGUAACCUUUGACCACAUACUCAUCACCUUGCUCGGAAGCGAAGGCCAGAGCGAGAAAAGCCAAUUGAACCACUGGGCUGGCGACUUUAUGACCGAGACGACUGAGACCUACACCAUCAAAACCAGUUCGUCUCUGGGGAAGCUUCUCCUGGUGAAAGUCGAGAAACGCCCAUGGUUUCUCUUCUUCCCGGAAAAUGAUCUGUUCUGCACUAAAAUCACCGUGACCACCCCAGAGGGAGAGACUCUUCUUUUCCCCUGUUACCGAUGGCUUUCCAAUCAUGACAUCGUGGAAUUGAGAGGAGGAAAAGCAAUGAAGCCUUUUGAAGACGACCAUCCGUUGCUGAUUGAGCACCGCAAAAACGAGCUGGCGUCGAAAAAGGGCCUCUUCCAAUGGGCCUCGUACAGCGGGGAGAUUCCCCACCACAGCAAUUUCACAACAUCCAACGUCCCCGCUGAAAUCCGCUUGUCACCGUCUCGAGUAAUUGAGGCAGAGAAGGCCUUUUAUACCGGGCUCUUCGAACUCUUGCUGAAGGGGAUGCUUCAAUCGGAGGAAAGUUGGCAAAGCAUUGAAGACGUCAAAAAUAUCUUCUGGAUCAGAAAAACGCAAAUAUCAGAGUACGUUUGCGACCACUGGAAGGACGACGACUUUUACGGGUACCAGUUCUUGAACGGCGUGAACCCCUGUUUGAUCAAACGCUGUUCAGAACUUCCUCCAAAUUUCCCCGUCACCGAGGAAAUGGUGAAGCCCUUCCUGGAGAACGGAAGCACUCUGGACAAUGAAAUGAAGAAAGGGAACAUAUUCCUCUGUGACCACAAGAUUCUGAGUGGAAUACCCGGGAAAGAAUAUCACGGGGAAAAACUGUCAGUGCCUGCUCCCCUCUGUUUGUUGUACCUGAACCCUGAGAAAAAACUGAUGCCGAUCGCAAUCCAGGUGCAUCAACAACCCGCGGAGGACAACCCGAUUUUCCUGCCGAGUGAUUCCGAGACGGAUUGGCUCCUCGCCAAGAUAUUCGUUAAAAAUGUGAAUAUGAUGAUGCACCAGGCAAUCAACCACCUUAAGAACACUCACUUUGUCUCCGAGUCCUGGGCUAUGAGCCUUCUUCGCAACGUUCCCGUAAUUCAUCCCAUUUACAAGUUGCUUAUCUCACACUUUCGAUGGAUUCUACACAUCAACGCUCAAGCUCGUGAAAUUCUGCUGGGGCCUAAAGGCUCGUUUGCAUUGAGUUCACUCGGAGUUGACGGCACAAUUGAGCUCAUGAGGAGAGCCCAACCCGAGCUCACAUACAGCUCACUGUGUUUCCCGGAACACAUUCGCAAUCGAGGACUCGAGUCCAUCCCCGACUUCUACUACAGAGAUGAUGGCCUUAAAAUAUGGGACAUCAUCCACCGAUUUGCGAAGGCGGUGUUGGGUCACUUUUAUCGUUCAGACGACGAGGUGGUCAAAGACUCGGAACUGCAAGGAUGGCUCCAAGAGAUAUUCACUCGAUGCUUUUUAGAGAGUAAAUCCUCAGGAUGUCCGGAGACGUUCCAAACUGUUGAGGAAGUAGUCAAGUUUAUCACCAUGGUGAUCUUCACUGUUUCAGCUCAACAUGCCGCCAUUAAUAAUCCACAGUUUGACUACCAGAUAUUUGCCCCCAACGGUUCCUUACUGUUGCGCAAGCCAUCUCCAACCGCCAAAGGACAGUCCAGCAUGAAGACCCUUUUGGAGACGCUCCCAACCAUUGGCGAGACGGUCAUCACGGCAGCCGUUCUUUUUGUGCUGACACGGGACUACAGCGAUUCUGUGCUGCUGGGUUCCUACCCUGAAGAACAAUUCCAAGAGCCUGAAGUCAAGAUGUUGAUGAUGAAGUUUCAAGAAGAGUUGUCCAGCCUUAGUGCAGACAUUAAGGCCCGAAACGCAAAGCUAGUUGUGCCGUACACGUAUUUGGACCCCAGUCAAAUUGACGCAAGUAUCAUUAAAUAAGAAUGAGCACAAUGGGGUUUCCUCUCAACUACAGUGCAAACAUGCAGUGCAUUGAAAACACACACAGCUAAAAAGAAGGGCAGCGAAACUGAACUGCAUAAAAAAACAAAAAAGACAAAUAUAUAAUAUCUAUAAUUAUUUAUAGAAUAAUAACAGUAAUUAUUGAUAUGUUUUAUUAUAUAUAACUAUUUAUAUUAUUAUAAUCAUUUUAUUAAAUAAUAUAUAUAAAUUAAAAAAUAAUAAGAGAUAUAAUAAAAUAUAUUCAUGCAUUCAAAAUUAUGCAAAUGAUAUUUUUUCUUAGAAUAGUCCACGCAAAUUAUAUUCAGCAUUAUUUUCAUGUCAUCAACCAUCGUUCUACUAGUGCAUUGAAAUGUAUUUUUGAUGAGGACAAAGAGUUUCUGCACAUGGAUAGCUGCAUCUGGAAUAUUAUAAAUGCGCAAACGGCUUUCUAUAGAGAGUGAUUGGGUGGUAUUGUGACGGAUUGCAAGCUGCGUGCAACAUAUUAUCGGUUCUGCUUCUCUGCUUUCGCCUGAGGUCACUAUUGGGUCACAGGAAAACCCUGCUGACCCCCGGUAUAGUCUUCUUGACCUUUACAUGCGUGUCAUGAGUUGUCAUAUCAUUAAAAGUAUGGGUUUUGGGUCUAAAGGUUUCAAAUAAAGGUGGAUUGCUCGAA